CUCCCGAAAUGCGAGAUGCUCCUUCUGCUUUCAAGCGAUGCCUUAUUAGACCGAAGGCUGCGCGGAGAGAGCGAGCUGCGGGCGAAAGAACCGCUCGCUCGCCUUCCCAGCCUCGCCUCGCCGUCCUCCGCGCUGGGCGACGGAGUUCUUCAGCGGCACCUAAGGGGCUUCUUCCAGCCGCCUCCUUCUUCCCCGCCCGCCUCCACUUCCUUCUCCCUAACGAGGCUGCAGGAGGUGCUGCAGCCGGGCGGGCUGAGCGCCGGCAGCGCCGCCCCGUUUGCCUCCCAUUCCCUCCCACCCCCAGCUCCCACCCUCCUCCUCGCUGCUCCCGGCCGGCCGGCGGCUCUUCCCCUGCCCGAGGGAGAGGCAACUGCAAGCAGCGGGGCUGUGGCGGGGGCUACGCCUCUGCUGGGAGAGGGGGCCCAUGGCUUCUACCACCGGCCUGCUGAAGAGAGUCGCCAGGGAGGGUUGGGCAGUUCUGGUGGCUCGAACUGGCCUCCGGGGCAUUCAUCGGGUCAGGUAGUACAGGCAGCACAAGGACUUCUGGCCCUUGGUUUGCAAAAGGGUGACCGGCUGGGAAUGUGGGGUCCCAACAAGUACGAAUGGGUCCUAAUGCAAUUUGCCACGGCCCAAGCAGGAAUCAUCCUGGUGUCUGUGAACCCAGCGUAUCAAUCCCAAGAGCUGGAGUUUGUGGUGAAGAAGGUUGGCUGCAAAGCACUGGUGUUCCCUACACAGUUCAAAUCUCAGAAGUACUAUGAGAUCUUGAAGCAAGUGUGCCCUGAGUUGGAACAUUCUAAUCCGGGAGCAUUACAGAGCAAGAAGUUACCAGAGCUUUCUGUUGUAAUCACCUCAGACUCCAAGUUGCCCGGUGCAUUCUCAAUGAACGAUGUGAUGCAGGCCGGAGACAGCAGACACAAGAAGCAACUAGAGGAAAUACAGAAGACGCUGGACUGUAAAGAGCCUAUCAACAUCCAGUUCACUUCAGGAACAACAGGAAGCCCCAAAGGAGCUACCCUUUCUCACCACAACAUUGUGAACAAUGCAUUCCUCAUUGGAUUAAGACUGAGAGUUCAAGAUGGGAUUGCCCGCUGCUGCCUCCCGGUCCCUCUCUACCACUGCCUGGGGUCUGUGGCAGGCUGCGUGCUGAUGGCUAUUCAUGGCGUCUGUCUUGUCUUCCCGUCUCUAAGCUUCGAUGCAAAAGCAGCACUGAAGGCCCUGGACCAUGAGAAAUGUACCCAUGUUCACGGCACUCCAACCAUGUUCAUAGAUAUGCUAGCUCAGCCUGACUUUGCCAGCUACAACCUUUCGGCUCUUCGGGGCGGAGUCAUUGCAGGUUCGCCAGUUCCUCCUGAGGUCAUGAAGAAGAUCAUCAACAACAUGAACAUGCGGGAGAUAGUGGUUGCAUAUGGAACCACAGAGAAUAGUCCUGUCACCUUCAUGGGGUUCCCUCAAGACAACAUUGCCCAGAAAACAGAGACUGUGGGAUGUAUUUUCCCACAUACAGAGGCAAAAAUUGAGGAUCCUGAGACAGGGGAAAUUAUCCCACUCAACAGCCCAGGAGAACUUCAGGUCCGAGGUUACUGCGUCAUGCUAGGGUACUGGGCAGACCCCAACAAAACCAAUGAAGUGAUGGAUGAUGAGAAAUGGUACAAGACCGGGGACAUGGCUAUUCUUGAUGAGUACGGCUACUGCAAGAUAGUAGGCCGCUGCAAAGACAUGAUCAUCCGAGGAGGAGAGAACAUAUACCCAGCAGAGCUCGAGCAAUUCCUACAUACCCAUCCUAAGAUUCAAGAGGUGCAGGUAGUUGGCGUGAAAGACGAGCGAAUGGGAGAGGAGAUCUGCGCCAGCAUCAGAGUGAAAGCUGGAGAAGAGUGCACAGUAGAAGAAGUCAAGGCAUUUUGCAAAGGGAAGAUCGCUCACUUCAAGAUCCCUCGGUACAUAGUGUUUGUGAAGGAUUUCCCGCUCACCGUCUCGGGCAAGAUUCAGAAAUACAAACUGAGGGAGCGAAUGGAGAAGCAUCUUCAGCUUUGAACCCAACAACCCAGCGCAACCCAAAAUUAACAUUUCUUCUGCCAACUUUUAUACUUCAGCUUUCUAAGCCGUUAAGAGAGCUGGCAACCUGCCUUAACAUAGCAAUCACCAGCCUGCCUUAAGAUGCUUUAGUCAGGCCUACUUAAAAUAACGUGGGGUUUUUUCUAAUAAAUAAAAAUUCUGUUUCUUUAGCA